UCACACAGUGCAGGGACACCCAGAGGGAGGGAGAGGGCUGCAGCAACAGCAAGCUACUCGAGUUGGUGCUGAGGAGCUGCUGCAGCUUAGUGUGAGCUGAGAAGCACUCUCAGCAGAAACGGCACUUACACAGCUAACAAACAGCUCAAUAUACCCACCAUGGACGUUCUGAAGAAAGGUUUCUCGUUUGCUAAGGAGGGAGUGGUGGCUGCAGCAGAGAAAACCAAGCAGGGCGUUCAGGAUGCUGCAGAGAGGACGAAAGAAGGAGUGAUGUAUGUGGGCACCAAAACGAAGGAAGGAGUUGUACAAAGUGUGAACACAGUGGCUGAGAAAACCAAGGAGCAGGCACAUGUGGUUGGAGGGGCCAUGGUGGCCGGAGUCAACACAGUGGCUAACAAAACGGUGGAAGGCGUGGAGAAUGUGGCAGCGGCCAGUGGGGUUGUUCAUUUGGAUGAAUUUGGUCAAGAAAUUCCUGCUCAACCGGUGGCUGAGGGAGAACAGACCCUAGAGGAGCAACUGGUGGAAGCUACAGAGGCCACUGAAGAGACUGGAAAAUGAAGAGCUAUCGAUUUUUCAGAAGAUUCUGGGUACACUUCCCCUCUCCCCUAAACUUUCACACCAGUGUUGCCGUAGAGAAUCGAGGAUCACAGGCAUCAAGCCUCUAAUAGCUAAUUGUAAAGAAGGGGAACUGUCCAAAGCCUAUUUGUUUCCUGUCACCACCUCACCAUCAUUCUGUGUGACCUACCGUGGUCACCAAUUUAACAAGAGUCCCUUUAAGUAACCAACUUUGAGCUGCUAUUCAUUUUAUCAUGUUCACCCUGUAGUCAGUCACCUGUGUGUCACCAUUCACCUUUGUAACAGCACUUUGUGUCUCCACAGUCUGCUUUUGGCCACCUAAUUACAUUGAUGGUUGUAAUUUGUGGUAGUGCAGUGCAUGCUGCCUGCAUAGCUUUGUGUGUUGGCAUUUAACACGUGCAGAUUUUAUAACAAAUAUGAGAAUUAAAAUAAAACUUUAAUGGAGGUACUGCA